ACUCUGGCAAACAUCACAGCAUCCGUUCACACUCACUUUAUAUUGGGGACGUUUCCUUUGCAACCACGAGGGACAGAGACUUUUCUUGGGAACACAAGAUAGAAGCCACUGACCGGGGAACGCAUCGGUUCCCAGUGAGCCGGCCCCGCUCCUUUCUGUCACUCGGGUGGGAAUUUGGAGACGGUCCCUAGCGCCCGGCGGCGCAGUGAGUCCUUUCCCCCGGUUCCUAGGGCGGGCCCAGAGGCGCAGGCGCAGUAGGAUGCGCCUGGCGCUGCGGCGGUUUGAGGGAGCUGUCCGUCCCCUCAGCCGCGUUUGCUCCGCCAUGGCCCAGCGGUCGCGGUCCCCGGGCGGCCCUGCCCAGCGCCCGGCCUCGGUGCUGGGCACCAUGGAGUUCGGGCGCCGCACGGACCAGGAGGCGAGCGGGGCGCUGCUGCGGGCCUUCCUGGAGCGGGGGCACCGGGAGCUGGACACGGCCCAUAUAUACGGGGGGGGCGAGUCCGAGCGCAUCCUGGGGGCGCUGCUGGCGGGCGGCGGCGG